AUUUCAUUCAUACACGUUGUCAUGGGUGGCAAGAUAGCUUUCCUGGUUGUCAUUGAAACGAAAUAAUUCUAUUGUCCCACACUCAGUCGAAAAAUACAGCCCGGAAAACUAAGAGCUAUCCGAUUUUCUCUGUCCAGCUGAGAGACUAAUCUCAUAGCACGAUGAACCGCUCCGACGACAUGAAGAUGGCCUCGCUGGACGACUUCAAGGUGGAAGCGAUGGCCUCCAUGGGCUGGGCGGUGGACGCGGACAUCCCCAUGGCGAACGAAGAGAACCUGGCCAUCCUGAAGGAGCUGGCUACCUUGAGGGCAUUGAAACUAGAGGUCCAGCAGCACAUGUAUUCGCUGGACGAACGCGAGGAGGCAGUGGAACGGCAUAAGCGGAACAUUGAGGUCACUAUUCAGCAGAAUAUGACGCUGUAUAACUCCUUGAAGGACGAUGUUAUCAAGGAGGCGCACAAAGUGCAACUUGUGAUCUUAGAGCGCAACAAGGUUAAGGAGGAUCUGCGCAAGAAUCAAAAGGAGCUGGAGGAGUAUACCGAAUACGCCGAGGACACGGAACGAAAGAUCUGCCAGAAGAAGCGCGAGAUCGAUGAGCUGACUUCGCGCAUCAAGACGGCCAAGACCACCUUGGUGGAGUGGCAGGAGGCCAUGGAGGACGGGAACAAGGGCUACCAAUUGAUCGAGAAGUACUAUCUGGAUGACCAGCAGAAGGCCCGGGAGCUGAACACCAAGCGGCAGCUGCUGCAGGCGGACAUCGACAAGCGGCGCAAGAAGGUGGUGCUCCUCUACGACGAGCAGAUGACGCUGGAGAAGAACCUGGAGCGGACCGCCUGUCUCUACAGGGCUGCGCACGCGGAGCGCCGCCAGAUGGUGGACACGUGGAAGAGCGCCGUCAACCUGAUGACCCAGCGGGAGCACGACAUCCAACGCUGCGAGGUGGAGUGCGCCGAUCUCGCCCAGACGGCGCUGCGCACCGCCCUGGUGUACAAGCAGAUGGACGACAAGCUGAACGAGGUGAUCGAAAACAAUCGCCAGGUGGAGAUCGGCAUCGAGGCGCUGAACGAGGAGACCUCCGACAUGAAGAACCAGAUCCAGAUCCUGGCGGACGCCUCGCUGCUGAAGGAGCGCGAGAUCGACGGCCUGCGCCGGGAGCUGGAGAACCUCUCGAACCGGGUGCACCUGCAGCGCAUGGAGAACCGCAGUCUGGUGAAGAAGCGCGACGCCAAGGCGCAGGAGAUAGAGAACUUCGCCGCCGAGAUGGAGAAGAUGGAUGCCCGGCUAAAGUCCAUCCAGGACAAGGCCCUCAACGCGGAGCAGCGGCUCCACAUUCUGGACGAGAUGAUGGAGGCCGAGGAGAGUGCUCUGCGGAAACUGGACAAGGAGCAAGACAAGGUCAACGAGAUGCUGUACCGCACCCAGAGGCAGGUGCAGGAGCUGCAGGACGAGGAGAAGGUCCUCACCGUGCAGAACGACUCGCUGAACUCCAAUCUGGCGGCCAUCAAGCGCAGCCAACAGCAGGUGCAGAACGAGCUGAAGCGCCAGACGGAGAUCCACUACAGCCUGUCCUUCAAGUGUCUGGAGGCGGAGCGGCGGUACGCCGAGUGCAAGGGUCUGGCCGACGACCCCGAGGUGGAGGCCACCAACCUGGCCCGGCUGGCCGUCCUGGAGCAGGAGUACGAGAAGCUACAACGCCUCAUCGCCACCACGGAGGCGCAGAACAAGAAGCUCAACUACAACAUGAACAACCUGGUGGUCCAGUACAACAACGACGAGAAGGAACUCAACAUGGUCAGGUUCAAGAUCAAGGAGGCGCAGGUCUACUGCGAGGGCACUGUGAAGAGGCUCCGCCAGAACCGCUACGAGAACUCCGAGCUGAUAGUGGACCUCAACAUGGUCAAGAUGCGAUGCAGCGACCUCGAGGCGGGCAUCGGUGGCUGCGAACAGGGCACCUACGACCUGGAACAGCAUCGCUUAGCCUUCCGGCGGGCCAUCAAGGACCGCACCGUCGAGCUGCGCAGCCAGGAGGAGGUGCUCCUACUCAAAAAGAAGCACCUGAACGAGGAGCUCAGCACCCUGCGCGCCGAUCUUGGUGAGCGCAAGAAGCAGAUCGAGGCGAUGAAGGCCAGGUUCGAGCUGACCGCCGAACUGCUGGGCAAGAACGAGGACGGGUCCAUCAUGACCAGCACCCAGCUGAAGGUGGAGAGCGCCCAGGAGCGCCAGAUGCUGGCCGACGAGGGCGACGCCCUCAACAAGAAGGUGCUGACGGCCGAAAAGGAACUGGUCGCCCUAGAGAACACGCUGCGCCAGUUCGACAAGUCCAACGACAACUACCGCAAGACUUUCCGAUCUGCGGACGAGAACUCGAAGGAUCGCGAGCGCGCCGAGUUGGAGCUGAAGGAACUGGAGGCGUCCUACUGCCGCGACCUGGAGGAGCUGAAGGUGCUGCGGUGCAAGGCGCAGAGCUACGACCAGAAGCACGCGGCCCAGCGGGCGGAGGAGGAGGACCUGAUCGCCAAGUUGGAGCAGGCGAGGGCGAGGCGCGCGGAGCACGCGGCGGUGCUGGAGAAGAUCGAGCGCGAACUGGACGAGCAGCGGCUGAAGCUGGACAGGGCGCAGCGCGAGAUCCGGACGCAGAUGCGGGAGGUGAGGGCGCGGCCGUACAGCGAGGAGUUCCUGGCGCAAUUCGAGCGGGAUCUGAACCUGCAGGAGCUGGAGGCGCGCAACACCAAGGCGCUGAACAUGCUCAUCGACCUGGCCAGCAGCGACGAGUCGGGCACGGAGAUAAUGCAGUAUAUCCUGCGGAAGGGCAUCAAGUUGCCGAUGCAUCUGAAGCGCACCCGCAGCUGUGUGUCCUGGAACAGCAGCUCCUCGGCCAAGUCCUCGCAGGAUGCCGGCUCCUACAUCAGCGCCAAGGGGAAGACCUUCCUCGGGGCGGGAACGAGCGCCAGGUCCUCGGCCUCCGACGUGAGCUCCCUCAAGGACGACAGCUCCUCCACCUCUUCCCAGUCCGGCCUCAGCAUCAUAUCGCUUGAGUUGCCCCUGCCGAAGAAAAAAUAGUUUAAUCUAUUUCAUAUUUAUUUUGUUAUUAUUUUAGCCAUUCUAUGAUCUCAGCCCGCGUACUUUUUGCUUUGGGUUUCACGUGCUCAGUCAUCGUACUGUUUACAAAUUGACCGUCCAAACGAAACAGCGAAU